AUGAACAUUAACACAGGAGACACUCAAGAUAAGCAAGUUGUAUAUUACCCUUCUGGAUCUGCAGCCUUUGCAUUUGUUGGUCUUGCCACGACAAAAUGCGAUGCUGUUAUGUUGUACUUCCCUUUCGACAGACAUAGCUGUGAAUUGAACUUUAUAAGUAUGGAACCCAUACAUCGAGUAUUGAUGGUUGUACAUGAUCUUCCACACAAAGUACCCUCAUAUGAGAACAAGGAAUGGAAGAUUCUAAGUAUUAAGAAAAAGCAUUCAAUCUACCAUGUCGCCAGAAACCACAGUAUGAUCUCCUUCAGCAUACAGUUUGAGAGAAGACCAGCGUUUUAUAUCCUGAACAUUUUGUCACCCCUACCUUGUCUUGGCCUCACAAAUGUUCUCGUAUUCGCUUUACCCAUUUCUUCGGGAGAACGAGUGUCUUUCUCAGUAACAAUUUUGCUGACGUUGGUUUUCUUUCUGAACAUGAUAGCUGAUCGCUUACCCCCUACUAGUGAACCUAUCAGUCUGUUCAAUGUGAUGGUUAUGGUGCAAUUGCAAAAUAGUGUGUUCAUAGUCAUUUGUACAAUAUUAUCCAUGAUGACUUACGAAAAAGCGCAGAAAAAUGCAGAUGUUCCCAGAAUGUUGUGCAAAAUUGUUGUAUUUUUGCAAAAUACAAACAAAACUAGAGGUAUGUCAUCGGAGCAGGAGGAUGUAUCUGCGAUUCCAGCUAAAACAGAUGAAUUGAAGACUGCUCAAAAAACAUCAGACUCUUCAUCGCAAAUUACAUGGAAUGAAGUUUCAGAUUGCACUGAGAGAUCUUUUUCCAAAUUAUUUUCUUGUAUGUUCAUUGUAGAAUGGAUUAUUUUUCUUACAAUGAUGAUAGUUGGAACAGAUUAA